AUGUUCCUGUUGCAGGUGUUAGGUGUCUAUGUGCCUGGUUUGAUCGGAUGGUUAAUUUCGCUGGAAUGGCUAGGAGGACCUGUUUUAUGCAAAGUGAUGCGAUUCAUUGACGCAUUUGUUCUAGCAAUCAGGUGGAUUUUGGCAACUUCCGCCAAGUGUCUGACAAUAUGGGCGGAGAAAAUCAACCUCGGUCCGAACAGAAGUCAAAUGACAAAUGAGGACUUUUCUCUGAUGAAACUUUACGGCAUCCAAAACGCUUGCAUCACAUUCUACAUUCCAUUGGUGAUUCUGGUUGUCUGCUACGUGCUCAUUCUGAAAGAUAUCUACAAAACGCUGAACUCUUCCGAGCCGGAGAUGUCUUCUGCGUGGUUCAUUUCGGAUCUAAGCAAGCAAUCCUCUUUAACAAAGAAACCUUCCAAAAAGGACCUUGAAAGUGCAGUAUCACUGACAACGAGGACCUUGCGGGGCCAAGACAAACUCAGUCGUGCCAAGGUGCGGUCAUUACGGAUAACGCUUCUCCUUAUUCUUGUCUAUGUUAUUACCUGGUUGCCAAACAAUCUACUCUCUUGGUGGAUGGUGAUCUCAUUUGAUUCAUAUCGCGAUCAUCAAGAUGCUACCUUUCCUCUUGCCUUCUUAGUUGUGUUGAAUAGCGUAAUUAACCCCUUCAUCUAUGGCAGAUGUAAAGGGCUGAAGAUGAUGCUGUGUUGUCGCCGAAUGGAGCCUCGUCAGAAGAAAGUGUGCAACAUUCUAUAG